AAGGCGGUGUUGAUCGAUAAUCAUUCUGCAAAUUGGGAUCCCCACUCUCGCCGCUGAGAUACAAUUUCGUUGCCGAUUGAUUCACUCAUACUGCAAUUGAAUGGAGGUAGCAAUUAUCGAUUGGAAAACCAUCGAUUCGAGAGUAGUGAUCGACGAUUUGUAUGAACACAUCAAUGCUCCAAAAUGGGUUGAUUUGACCGCCCAGGAUGAUCCCGUUGAUGAUGAAGCCUGGUUCUGCCGCCCAGAUUGCGAUCACCCCAAGAAAGUUGAAGACUUCUUCAAUCAGAAAGACAUCACUCCUCUCUCCAGUUCCAAAGCCAAGAUUCAAAGAUCAGCUAGUGUUUCCGAUAUUCCUGCUUAUCAACGAGGCAACAGAGAUGCAACGCUGAAGAAGAGAGGGACGAAUCAGCCUUUCGGAUUAGUAGCCGAAGAUGCUGAGAAUCAAGAUCCCAAUUUCUCAACCCCCUUGCAACACAAGGCUCGGUUUGGAAAGGCUGCAACCAAGUCAAGCGCUAACAAGAAAGAAGAUAGCUAUGCUAACGAGGGAGCACCGAAGCUGAGAAGCACUUUGUCUGCGAGGAAUCUGUUCUCGGGCACGGAUUUGCUGAGUAAAGUUUCCGAGUUCUGCAAUGAGCUGAAGAAAUUGACUACGAGGGCUCAAGAUAAGGAGAGCGCGGAGAAUCACACAGAAGAAACAAGUGUUGGGAUUCUGAGCGAAAGGAAGCCGUUGCUGGAGACGGGCGGUUCCAAGGGGAGGCUGAGAAGGAAGAAGAGAAACGAAGAUGGAGAGAACACCCCGAUUACUGUGGACGUGAACAGAAUCAAACACCUUGAUGCCGAGGGCAAGCUGCCAAUCCGCACUUGUCCUCCCACUCCACAGUGCUUUUCCGCGACGCCCAAGCCUCUCCGGCCGAGGCCUAUGGAGAGAGGAGUUUUGAAGGAUUUGAAGCAGAUGGAGAAGGAAGUAAUGAAGAGCAGCAACCAUGGAGGAGGAGAGAUUUCUGAGAAAGAAGCAAGAUCUUUGGAUGUUUUCUGGUUCCUAAAACCUUGCACUCUAUCAAGUUAAUACACACAACAAAUAUGCACAAAUAAUCACAAUUCUUUCAUUCUUUCCAUUUUUUAAUCAUUCGUGUGGAAUGAAAACAUUUACUUAUUGUAAUCCUUCUUGACCAAAAUUAGCAUUCUCUAUAUAAAAGUUGAAUUUUCUUUUAUGGA